UCCCAAAUAUAACAAAAUGGCGGACGAGCAAGAAGCAACAAAUGCGCAAGAUGAAUGUGAACUAUUUGACAUCCCAAACGAAAUUACCGAAGAAAUUCUAUCAUAUUUAUCUUCUUAUGGAGAAYUACAACAGGCUAAACUAGUUUGCAAAGCUUGGCAUGCUCUAGUCUUAAGGAUAAUCACUCGUCGCAAGCGGAUUUUUUACGAAAGUGUUUGCAAUGGAUCUCUUUAUUUUCAAACUAUUCCUCAACGAUUCAGGAUAUCACCGCGAUAUUCACAUAGYAGUUGCGUACUUGGUAAAUCUAUGUAUGUGUUUGGUGGAUGUUCGCCUUCUAAUACAGCUUUCAAUGAUAUUCAUGAAUUAGAUUUGAAGGAUUACAAGUGGAGUAGACUUCGCUUGUCAGGAAUAUCGCCUCCUCCUAAGGAAUGCGCUAGCAUGGUUGCUCAUAAAAAUAGAAUUAUUAUCUUUGGUGGUUGGUGUCUUUCUCCGCGUACAGGGAUUGUUUCAAACGCUAGAUUUCACAACGGUGUCAAUGUCCUAGACGUCCCUUCUUUAACAUGGAGUAUAACACCCUUAAAUAACAACAAUCCUGACUUACUGCAGCCUUGUGAAAGGGCUGGUCAUGCUGCUUGUGUUUUACAGGAUCAAAUGAUUGUAUUCGGUGGAGCACAAAGAUUGACACGUUACAAUGAUGUAUGGAUGUUAGAUCUGAACCUUAUGCAUUGGACGAUGCCUCGUAUCACUGGCAAAAGACCUAGUGCAAGGUUUGGGCAUUCACAGAUGGUGAUGGAUCCACAGACAUUGAUCAUAAUUGGAGGAUGGGGAAAUCAGCUCUUCAAUGAUGUAUGGCUUCUACAUUUAAAAACAAUGACCUGGACCGAGGUUCAAGUGUACAAGCAUGAACUAGAAGCACCUCAAAUCUGGUGUCACCCUGCUGUGAAAGUCCAUGACAAAAUCGUAAUAUUCAGCUCCUCAAGCGAACCUUCAAACAAUGACUCUAACACAAAUGAAGUCUUAACUCUACAGACKUAUACACUAGAUUGUAGUCAGGUCUUGACACAAGGCAGUUGUACCUGGCAGCCAAGAAAUGACGCUUUCAAAAAAAUCACUGCUACUUCCUUACACUCUGUUGUUAAAGGCCGYGAGGAGUUUUUUAUAUUUGGYGGAAGGACAAACCUUUUAGAGGGAGCAUGGAAAAUUGUCAAUACUCUUGUCAAAGUGACACCAAGAAUUUGAAUAUUUUCUUUCUAUUUUGGUGUCAGAGGAGCACAAAAUAAUAUAUCUAUAUAUUAUAGGAUGAUUUUAUAAGUUGAAAUUUUUCAAUUUGCUCUUUUACUUUCAUGGUGUCAUGAUCAUGGUCAUAUGUUAUGACACAUUUAUUAUCGACAUAUAUAUUUAUUAUAAAUGUGUGACAACAUGAUCGUGACAAAUGGUUUAUUACUUAAGUAACAAUGUGCUUAAGAACUAGGGAGCUUUCUAUUGUUCUGAAGCAUUGCAACUUCCCCACAUACGAAUGUUUUGGUUUUCACACUGAUUAUCCACAUUUUUGAAAUAAAAUGUGGAUUAACUCUAUUUUGAAACAAAGUUUCUUUUGUAUUAAAAGCUCUUAUCCAAUCAUAAGGGCUCAAAACAAUAGUCAAAAGAUGCUUCUAAUUUGCUAUGUCCCCCACAUAGAAUUGCCGUAAUAUUGAAGCUAAAGAAAGCUCUCAAGAAGUCGAAAUCAGAUAUAAUUAGAUAAAAUAUUAGAAAAUGCGCUUACUUGUGAAAUUAUAGCAGGUCUAUUUUCAUGUUUUAAACAAUGGAUGGAUGGAUUAUACAAUACACAAUUAGCACCUGGCAUUCCUUUGCCGUUUGUUUCCUAGUUCUUACUUGGACUAUUACUUAAUAUUAAAUGAAAAAAAUGUCAA